ACCAACAAAACUACAUAACACUCACUCAAAGUGAAAAGCAUCAAACCUCACCAUAUCUUCAAUCCAACUAACAAGCUCCAAGAACAUGGCAACUCAAAAACGUCCAGAUUUUCAUAGAGCAAUAAUGCAGAGUAAACAACUUAGACUUCCCAAGUUUUAUGCCAAAAAUUAUUGGAAUGGAACUCCUAAUCCAAUAUUUCUCAUACUUCCGAAUGGUAUUCAACAAAAAAUAUUUUGGGAAGAACGUGAUGGUGAUAUUUGGUUUCAGAAAAAUUGGGAAGAUUUUGCAAAGUUUUUAGAUAUUGGAUAUUUAUUAACUUUUAAAUAUAUUGGUGGAUCAUAUUUCAAAGUUAAGAUAUUUAAUCAAAUUUGCUUAGAAAUGAAUUAUUCUAUCAUAAGAUGUGUAAAUGAAGAUAGGGAAAGUAAAGAGGGACCUAAAGAAACUGUUGAACUGAGUGAUGAGAGUUUAAAUGAGGUUGAAGAACUUGCACAAACUAGAAGGAGGAAAAUUAACAAAAGAAAAAGGAAAGUUGAUUCAGAUUUGAAUACUGCUCAGCCAAAAAUUUUAGAUGAAGUUGCUGGAAGUAAAGAAGGAGUUAAAGGAACUCGUGAACUGAGAGAUGAAAGUUUGGAUGAGAGUGAGCAACAUAAGCAAACUGAAAGGAGAAAGAAUAACAAAAGAAAAAGAAAAGUUGCUACCCAACCAAAAAUUUCAGGUAGAAAAAGAAAAGACAUAGUUAAGGAAGUUAACAACAAUAGUCCAUACUUUGAAGUUACACUAAAACCAUCCUAUGCUAAAGGCUAUAUGUUGAGGAUUCCAAUAGUGUUUACGAGAAAAUAUUUCAGAAAGAGUGAAAGAAAAGCAAUGUUAAAGUUUGAGAAUGACAUGGCUAUGGAAGUGAUUAUCGAGUAUAAUAAUGACAACGGAGGAUUUAGUAUGAAACGUGGUUGGAAGAAAUUUACAGAUAAAUAUAAUUUAAAAAUUGGUGAUGUUUGUAAAUUUGUGAUGACAUCAGAUCAACCACUUUCGUUUUCUGUUACUUUUACUCGAGUAAGAAAGGAAAAGAAACUUAAGAAGUUUUUAGGUGUAUCUUUAAGUGAUAGUACAGUUGCAAAGAAAAAAAGUGUGGGAGAAACUUCUAGAGGAAGACCAAAAGGUUCAAAAAGUUGUAAUGUGAUAAAUUCGUCAUUUAAGCUUUUUGUAAAUUGCCUGUAUCCGAAAUUUCCAAAAAAAUUUAUGGAUGGGCCAAAAAAAAUCGUAAAGCUGAAAAUGAAAGAAGAAUCAUGGUUGGUAAAAGUUAAUUAUUAUCAUAGUAUCCAGGGAUGGAGAUUCAGUGGAGGUUGGUUAAAGUUUAGGAAAGAUUGUAUGGUGGAGAUAGGAGAUACCUGUCUCUUUGAAUUAACUGAUAACAAAAACAUGGUGUUUGAUGUUUCAUUUGUAGAAAAGAACACAUGA